AUGUACGUCAUCCCCGCCUAUUUCACGCAACCUCUGCUGACCAUCUAUUCCAAGCGCGGUGGCACCUUUACCGACUGUGUCGGUAACCCCGGCACCGGUAAGAUGGAGGACGAUGUCAUCAUCAAGCUCCUCUCCGUAGACCCUCAGAACUACGAUGAUGCCCCGCUGGAAGGCAUCCGCCGCUUGUUGGAGAAGUUCUCCGGCCAGGAAAUUCCACGCGGCCAGCCCCUCGAUACCUCCAAGAUCGAGAGCAUACGCAUGGGCACCACCGUCGCCACCAAUGCUCUCCUGGAGCGGAAAGGCGAGGACAUCGCCAUGGUCGUCACCAAGGGCUUCAAGGACUGCCUGGAAAUCGGCAACCAGUCAAGACCGAACAUUUUCGACCUGGCCAUCCGGAAACCCGAGGUUCUCUACAAGCAAGUCGUUGAAAUCGACGAGCGCGUUACUCUCGAGGAUUACGCCGAGGACCCGGAGAGAAACGAGACCAAGGCCGAACCGCUCGAGAAGGCUGGCCCCGACGCUGAGCUCGUGCGCGGCCUUUCCGGAGAGGCCGUGAGGAUAUUGCAGAGGCCCGAAGAGGCAAAAAUUCGGAAACAACUGCAAGAGGUCUACGACACCGGACUCCGCAGCAUUGCCGUCUGCCUGAUGCACGGCUACACCUACCCGCACCACGAAGCCCUCGUCGGCAGGAUAGCCAAGGAGAUCGGCUUCGAGCACGUGAGCUUGAGUCACGAGCUGAUGCCCAUGAUCAAGCUCGUUCCCCGAGCCACCUCUGCCUGCGCUGACGCCUACCUGACUCCCGCCAUCAGGAAGUACAUUGACGGCUUCUCAAAGGGUUUCGCCGGCGGUCUCGGCACCGAGAGCGUCAAGAAGGAGGCUGGAGACAAGGGCGCCCGCUGCGAGUUCAUGCAGAGCGAUGGUGGUCUUGUUGAUGUCGACAUCUUCUCCGGUCUUCGCGCCAUCCUCUCCGGCCCCGCCGGUGGUGUUGUAGGAUAUGCCCUCACAUCAUAUGACCCGAAGACAAAGAUUCCCGUCAUUGGCUUCGACAUGGGUGGUACCAGCACUGACGUAAGCCGCUACGGCGCCGGAAAAUACGACCACGUUUUCGAGACGACAACAGCGGGCGUGACCAUCCAGUCCCCUCAGCUUGACAUCAACACGGUCGCGGCGGGAGGUGGUAGCCGCUUGUUCUUCAGAAACGGAUUGUUCGUCGUUGGCCCCGAAUCAGCAAGCGCUCACCCCGGCCCUGCGUGCUACCGCAAGGGCGGACCUCUCACAAUCACCGACGCCAACCUCUUCCUUGGUAGGCUCCUGCCUGACUUCUUCCCGAAGAUCUUCGGCAAGGGCGAAAAUGAGCCACUCGAUGCCGAGGCUAGCAAGAAGCUCUUCGAGGAGCUUACCGAGAAGAUUAACAGCGAAGUCGCCGGCGGCAACAAGGAGAAGGAGAUGUCCAUGGACGAAGUUGCCUACGGUUUCAUCAAGAUCGCCAACGAGACCAUGACAAGGCCCAUCCGUUCCUUGACCGAAGCCAGAGGUCACGAUACCUCCAAGCAUAGGCUGGCUACUUUCGGUGGUGCCGGUGGCCAGCACGCCGUCGCCAUUGCUCAAGCUCUCGGAAUCUCCCAGAUCCUCGUCCACCGUUACUCCUCCGUCCUCUCCGCAUAUGGAAUGGCGCUUGCCGAUGUCGUCGAUGAGAGACAGGAGCCGGAGUCCAAGGUGUGGUCUGACAAGAACGAGGAGACAAGGAAGUACCUGCAGCAGAAGAUGCAGGACCUCAAGAGCAAGUCGACAGCAACACUCAAGGACCAAGGCUUCUCCGAAGAGCAGAUCCACUUCGAGGAGUACCUGAACAUGCGCUACCGUGGCACUGAGUCCGCUCUCAUGGUCAUCAAGCCGACCAAGGAGGAGGCUGAGAAGGAGUACGGCGGUGAUGAGUGGUCUUUUGGCAAGGCCUUCGUUAAGCAGCACGAGCAGGAAUUCGGCUUCACCCUGCCUGACCGCGAUAUCAUCAUUGAUGAUGUUCGUGCAAGAGGCAUUGGCAAGACGUUCGAGGGUUUGGAGAAGACGGUUGACGACCAGCUGCAGGUGAUCAAGCCCAAGGGUCUUUCCAAGGGCGAGAAGCAGUACGGCACCAGCUCCGUCUACUUUGAAGGUGGCAGGCAGGAGACCCCCAUCUACAAGCUCGAAGACCUCGCUACCGGUGAUCGCAUCCCCGGACCUGCCAUCAUUGCUGACGGCACUCAAACCAUUGUUGUCACACCCGAUGCCUCGGCCCUACUCAUUGACACUCAUGUCGUCAUCAACAUCGGAGAGACCAGCAGCCAGGAGAAGAAGGUCGACACCAAGCAGGUCGAUCCCAUCAUGCUCAGUAUCUUUGCCCAUCGCUUCAUGGCCAUCGCCGAGCAGAUGGGUCGGGCGCUGCAGAAGACCAGUGUCAGCACAAACGUCAAGGAGCGUCUCGACUACUCUUGCGCCCUCUUUGACGCCGAGGGCGGCCUUGUCGCCAACGCACCCCACCUUCCCGUUCAUCUUGGCUCCAUGUCCACUUGCGUACGUAAGCAGGCAAGUAUCUGGAAGGGCAAGUUGAAGCGCGGUGACGUUCUCGUCUCGAACCACCCCAUGUUUGGCGGAACCCACCUUCCUGACAUCACCGUCAUUACCCCCGCCUUCAGCGGAGACAAUAUCGUCUUCUACGUGGCGUCCCGUGCUCACCACGCAGACAUCGGUGGUAUCCUUCCUGGAUCGAUGCCCCCGCACUCCCGAGAGCUCUACCAAGAAGGUGCCGCAAUCAAGACGGAGAAACUCGUCUCCGAGGGCCACUUCAACGAAGAGCGCAUCACGGAGCUCUUGCACAAGGAGCCCGCACAGUACCCCGGCUGCAGUGGCACAAGAUGUCUGGCUGACAACAUCAACGAUCUUAAGGCCCAAGUUGCUGCCAACCAGAAGGGCAUCAAUCUCAUCAGCACGCUGAUCGAGGACUACGGCGAAGAUGUCGUACAGUUCUACAUGCACAGCAUCCAGAACAACGCCGAGCAGAGCGUCAGGCACUUGCUCAAGGAAGUCAGCAAGCGCUUCGAAGGCCAAGACCUCUCCGCUGUGGAUUACAUGGACGACGGCAGCCCGAUCCAGCUGAAGGUCACCAUCGACGCAGAAAAGGGAGAGGCCGUCUUCGACUUCGAGGGAACGGGUCCCGAGGUCUACGGCAACAUCAACGCCCCAGAAGCCGUCACCUACUCAGCAAUCAUCUACUGCCUCCGCUGCCUCAUCAAAGAAGACAUCCCCCUCAACCAAGGCUGCCUCAAGCCCAUCAAAGUCAAGAUCCCCAAAAAAUCCUUCCUCUCCCCCUCCGACAAAGCCGCCGUCGUCGGCGGCAACGUGUUGACCAGCCAACGCGUCACCGACGUCGUCCUCAAAGCCUUCCGCGCCUGCGCCGCCUCGCAAGGCGACUGCAACAACCUCACCUUCGGCUACGGCGGCAACGUCGCCGGACAAGCCGAACAAAAAGGCUUCGGCUACUACGAAACCAUCGCAGGCGGCUCCGGCGCCGGCCCGACAUGGCACGGCAGCUCGGGCGUGCACACGCACAUGACCAACACGCGCAUCACCGACGCCGAGGUCUUCGAGCGGCGGUACCCGGUCAUCCUGCGCGAGUUCGGGAUACGCGCGGGGAGUGGUGGUAAGGGCCAGCACGAUGGAGGUGAUGGCGUGGUGAGGGAUAUCGAGUUCAGGAUUCCGGUGCAGGUGAGUAUACUGUCGGAGAGGAGGGUGUAUCAUCCGUAUGGGUUGGAGGGGGGCGAGGAUGCGCAGUGCGGGUUGAAUGUUUGGGUGAGGAGGGUGGGGAAGGCGGGUGUUGAUGCGGAUGAUGUGGCGGCGGCGGCGAAUGGGGAGGUGGAGAAGGAGGAGGAGUGGCGCUACGUCAACCUUGGCGCGAAGAAUACGGCUAGUAUGCAGCCUGGCGAGCGCAUCAUCAUCAACACACCUGGUGGCGGUGGAUGGGGCAAGGUGGGUGAGGAGAGCAAGGCUGUGCGGCAGAAGGAUCCUACGGAAGGGUGGAGGAAGGGGAGUGUGGCGACGAGGUUGGAGACGGCGGAGACGUCGCAGUAG